AUGCGACUUGCAGUGGCACAGGUCUACUCCACCCCCGACAGUAUCGAUGUUGCGAGACGCAGCUGGCUCGCCGGCGUCCCUGCCAUCUUUGCCGGGGACCUUGAGGAUUCUUCACGAAAUCUGAGGUUUGUGCCUGGGCAGGACGCCUUUGCCCGUCGGUAUGGGCCUUCGAACCACAAGUUUGACAACCGGCCCCUCGCGCUUAUUCGGCUCGCCAACCGCACGCUUGAGUUUGACUGGCUCCUUGUCGGCGACAUGGACACCUGCUUCCAUGUCGACGCCUUGAGAGCUGCGCUGUCGCCCAUCAAUCCGGCUCGCCGGCACUUUCUUGGCAUGCCGGCACCGCCGGGUCAGACGAGUUGCAGCAGCGGGAAAAGUAUACUUGCGGGAAAAUGCUGCUCUAUCCAAGACCUCGUACACUUCUCCGACUGUGUGCUGACUGUGCGCAGAGCGCGGCACUUCCGCAACAGCUCCAUCAAACACCCGCACGUUGCAAACGGGCGCGGUUAUGUCUAUGCAUUUCCUCACGGGGGCGCUGGCUACGUCCUAUCGAGCGGACUGCUCCGGGCCAUCUCGGAGGCGCAAUGGAGCACUUGCGAGUCGGAGCUCCUCGAGGGCGGCGGCGACCUGCGGGUGGGUGCCUGCGUGUACCACACCACCGGAGUGGGGCUGACAGAGCUACCUGGUUUGCUCGGGAAUCUCAGCAGGCACAAGGAGCAGCCAGACGCGCGGAGCGCGCCGCUGCUUGACCCUGAGAACGCCGUGAGGUGCGACACCGAGGGCGAAGCAGCCUCUGGCCCGUCGCCUCAAGCCAGCGAGGCGCCGCCGCCGGCCACAAAGGGCUCCGGCUCCGCGGCUCUGGUGUUUGUGCUCUGGAACACGAUGAUGGGAUCGACGCUGCUCGUGAUGCCCUCUUGCUUCCGCGAGUCGGGCUGGCUCCUCGGCCUCGUCCUCGCGGUGCUCUGCGCCGGCGUCUCGCAGUACACGUGUGGCGUCGUGCUGCUGCACGGCAUGCGGCUGCCAGACCCGCAGGCCGAGGUGGCGGACCUGGCGCACGCGUACCUCGGGCGGUAUGGCUGGGGCGCCACGCUCUUCGCCUCGGUCGGCGUCUGCUUCGGCGCCGCGUGCGCGAUGCACGGCUACCUCGCCACGUCUCUCAACGACCUGCUGGUCGACUCUCGAGAGCAAGGCGGGCUCGGCCUCGCCUCCGCGUGGACGUCGCUCUCGCCGAACCCUAAGGGCGUGGCGGCGGCGCUUGUGCUGGCACUGCUCCUCCCGCUCUGCUCGCUGCGCUCGAUGGCGCUGCUCGCGCGCCUCAACGGCGUCGGCAUCGCCUGCCUCUUUUUGAUCCUCGCCUUCAUCGGUGCCUCGGCCGUCGCAAACGGCCUCGCGCCAGAGGCGCUCGCGCCAGCCUCGCUCGCGCAGCCGUCGCUCAAGGUGCUCGGCACGCUCGCCCUCUCCUUCUUCAUCCACUCGAUCGCCAUCACCAUCUUCCGCGCCGCAGCCACGCCCGCGCACAAUGCGCGCAACCUCGGCGCCGCCUCUCGAGCGCAGCCUGGGGAGAUCGGCCGAGAUCAGCCGAGGUGCACCCGAGAGGGAGCGAGAUGCGACCCUGCCUCGCUCGAGUCUGCGGCGGCGCGCAACUCCUUCCUCUCCGUGCGCCAGCCGCCCUCGCUCGCCACGCCGCUGCUCGUCGCGCGCUUCGCCGUCGUCCUCCAGUGCGUCACCGUCUACCCGGUCCUCGUGUACGCCAUCCGCACUCAAACUUUCUGCGCGCUCGUCUACCGAGACCCGUACCCCGGCGCGCUCCCCGUCCUCGGCCUCAACGCGAUUGUGCUCUGCGCGACCGCCGCCGUCUCCAUUUUUGGGCUGCACAUCGCCGACGUGCUGCGCUUCACCGGCGCCUUCGCCGCGCUCGUCAUGGUGUACGCCGUGCCCGCAGGCGUGCAGUGGGCCGAGCUCGCCGCCGCGGCCAGGUCGAGCCGCCGCGCGCGCGCGGCGCGGUUGGCGCUCACGGGAGGGCUGCUCUGCUGCGGCUGCCUCACUGUGGCGGUGCAAUUCGAGUGA